ACACGACUACAAGCAUCAUCUAUUACUUCUUUCCAUUUUCUCAAAGAAAACACAAAUAGAGAAGAUGGUGAAGUUCUCUAAGCAGUUUGAGGCUCAAAUUGUUCCUGAAUGGAAAGAGGCCUUUGUUGAUUAUUGGCAACUCAAGAAGGACCUCAAGAAAAUUCAUCUCCUUAGUAACGAUAACUCUCCCACCACGCAACAAGAAAGCUCUUUUUCCAACACCCUCUUCUCCUCUCUGAGGAAGUUCUCUUUAUUUUGCACUCAACAAAGAGAGCAUGGGGUCAUUCAAGUUCAUAAGAAAAUUGCAUCCUCAGGGAGCAAGGGUACUUUGUACGAGACUGAAUUGCUGGAACAAUUUGCUGAUACUGAUGCAGCCAAUGAAUUUUUCACAUGCUUGGACCUCCAACUUAACAAAGUGAAUCAAUUCUACAGAACAAAAGAGAAUGAGUUCCUUGAGAGAGGGGACUUAUUGAAGAAACAAAUGGAGAUCCUCGUUGAGCUUAAAACCGCUCUAAGACAGCAGCACGGGAAAGGAGCUUCUUCCCAGGAGGAUGACUCCAUUUCAGGCACAAUCUCAUGUGAUGAAGAGUCUCCUAGGGCCAUAACAGAGCAAGAAUUGGAGCAGGACAACACAACAGUUGAAUCUUGCAAAAAUGAUGCACAAUUCACAGACUCCCUAAAAUCAGAUGAGAUGGAAAAAUCAAUGAGGAUGAAAAGGGAAGAUGGAAAAUCCAGAACUUUUUCAGGUCGUGUUAUCAAUUGCCAAGGGAAAAACUUGAGAAUACAUAUUCCUCUGACAAACCCAACUCGUACGUUUUCAGCAAUCACUUAUUUACUCUGGGAUGAUUUGGUCAAUCAGUCCUCGAAGAAAUUAGGUCCGGAAGGAAGUAAGCUGCACAUCAACAGAACAAAGCUACACCAUGCUGAGAAGAUGAUUAGAGGAGCCUUCAUUGAGCUCUAUAAAGGAUUAGGUUAUCUCAAAACUUACAGGAACUUGAACAUGCUUGCUUUUGUUAAGAUUUUGAAGAAAUUCGACAAAGCCACGAAAAAAGAAGUUCUUCCUAUUUAUCUAAAAGUUGUUGAGAGCUCCUACUUCAACAGCUCAGACAAGGUUAUGAAGUUAGCAGAUGAGGUUGAGGAGAUUUUUGUUAGACAUUUUGCUGAAGAUGAUCGAAGGAAGGCGAUGAAAUACCUUAAACCAAUUCAGCAUAAAGAAUCACACUGUGUCACUUUCUUUAUUGGGCUAUUCACUGGGUGUUUCCUUGCUCUUUUUGUUGGAUACAUCAUCAUGGCUCAUAUUUCAGGGAUGUAUAGACCACAAUCCGAUAUAAUCUACAUGGAAACAGUUUACCCUAUGCUUAGCAUGUUCAGCCUACUGUUUCUGCACUUCUUUUUGUACGGAUGCAACAUUUUCAUGUGGAGGAAGACUCGUAUAAAUUAUAGCUUCAUUUUUGAGUUGUCCCCAACAAAAGAUCUUAAAUUCAGAGAUGUUUUCUUGAUAUGUACCAUGUCAAUGACUGCUGUAAUUGGGGUGUUAUUUGUUCAUCUGUCCCUUGUGGCAAAGGGACAUUCUUGUAAACAAGUUCAACCAAUUCCUGGCCUCCUGUUACUGGCUUUCUUAUUAUUGCUUGUGUGCCCCUUCAACAUAGUCUACAAAUCAAGCCGGUACUGUUUUCUUCGUGUGAUAAGGAAUAUCAUCUUUUCACCUCUCUACAAGGUUGUUAUGCUGGACUUCUUCAUGGCUGAUCAACUUUGUAGCCAGGUACCAAUGCUCAGGAACCUUGAGUACAUAGCAUGCUACUACAUAACCGGAAGCUUUAAAACUCAGGAUUAUGGAUACUGCAUGAGAAACAAAAAUUUCCGGGAUCUUGCUUACGCGGUUUCCUUCCUACCUUAUUACUGGAGGGCUAUGCAGUGUGCUCGACGUUGGUUUGAUGAAGGACACUCAAGCCACCUGGUCAAUCUAGGCAAAUAUGUGUCUGCAAUGUUGGCCGCAGGAGCCAAAGUGGCCUAUGAGAAAGAAAGUGAUGUUGGAUGGCUUUGUUUAACCGUUGUCAUGUCGAGUGCUGCAACAGUUUAUCAAUUGUAUUGGGACUUUGUAAAGGAUUGGGGUUUGCUUCAGUUUCAUUCCAAGAACCCCUGGUUAAGGAAUGAAUUAAUGCUACGUCAGAAGUUCAUUUACUACUUCUCUAUGGUAUAUGCAAUGCUCCUCUCUCUCUCCCUCUCUCUCUCUCUCUCACAAUUACAGGGAGACAAGUUAAAGCUUCAACUGGUACUUGUGUUUGUCAGUCAGCAGUAGUGAAGCGAAAAAGCCACCUCCCACAUCUCAGCAACUACCAACUGAUUUUAUAAAAAAAAUCAGUUUGAAUUUAAGAAAUAGAUUGAUGAAGCUGUUUAGUCAUAUUUAAUCUGGUGCAUUGGAUCGCCAAAUGAAUUUUGCAACUAAUUUGAAGUUUUUUUUCCCCUUUACAUCCUGAUCUUGAACAAAAAUAUGGUACCAUUUGCAGGGGUUGAACCUUAUUCUUAGGCUUGUUUGGUUGCAAAUUGUUAUCCACCCCAGUUUAAGAGGCGUCGAUUCCAGAGUAACAGGGCUACUUUUAGCAGCCCUUGAAGUCAUUAGAAGAGGCCAAUGGAAUUUUUACAGGUUGGAGAAUGAGCAUCUAAAUAAUGCUGGCAAGUUUAGAGCUGUGAAGACAGUGCCACUUCCUUUUCAUGAAGUGGAUGAGGAAGACUGAUUCCCAUUGGCAGAUGAUAAAGGAAUAGAAUUUUGGAUAUCUAUUACAGAAGCAGCUCAAUUCCUAAGGUUCCAAAUGGACCUUAUUGCCACUGUACAAGUGGAUGAACACAUGAUGUUAAUCAUUUUAUCAAUGAUCAGCUCAGUUCUGGAAAGUAGUUCAUACAUGUAUACAAAAAUUUCCUUCACAAUUCUAAGGGAAGUCAUGCUCUUUUUGCACUGAUAUCUUGUAAAUGUAUUUCGAUCUCCCUCAAUAUACUCUUUUAAUUUUCGCCAAUCAUCUCUC